AUGGUCAACAACUAUGAUGAAAGUCAAUCAGACAUUGAAUUGGAUGCAGAGGAGAUUCCAGACACUUAUCUGAAUGACAGUGGCCUCUGUUCACGGCUCAUUGACCUUGCAAUGUCAAUUGAUGAUAAUCCACACAACGAGACAUGGCUGUCUCCAAAGAAAGCCAAGCGGGUGGCUCAACGAGUGCCACGUCCAAAAUUUUACAAGAAGGGUCCAGAUGUUGGCAGCAAGUCAGCACAAACACAACGACAAUAUAAAGAACUUCUUCAAAAUCAAAAAUCACUCACCAGUCUCGGAUUCACAGUUCUCACAAAGCCAUCCACAUCUAAAUCAGCUCCAUCUGCACAGACUGCACCAUUGUCCAAGUCACCCAAUAAUGACAGUUCUGCCAGUGACUUGGACUCUGAAGAUGCAGGACAUACUGUACCUGCAUCAGAAGAUUCAGAACUUACCAUGGGUCUUGCCAGCAACUUCAAUGCAGAGAAGAUGUGGGAAGACGAUGUGACACUCGGACCCGCGCUGGGCGGGAACGAGUGUCUUUUGAUACCCAUGUCAAGGUCUAUGGAAACUCGUUGGACCCAUGUCAUCCCAGUCCUACUCUAG